AUGGCGACUGAGAAAAUCGACCAUACGUAUCCUCUUUUCCUUCAACCUUCUGAUACACCUGGAUUGAUUCUAAUUCCAAUUCAGCUCACAGGGUUUGUAACAGGAAAAUGUGCUAAGGAGAUGUACAAGGAUGCUCUUCUGGAGGAGUGGGAGACUUGUAAUGCGAUAGUACAUUCUUGGAUAAUGAACUCUGUUUCGAAGGACCUGCUCAGUGGAAUCAUCUACGCAUUGAAUGCACAUGCAGUUUGGGAGGACCUCAAGGAGCAUUUUGAUAAGGUGAAUCGAGUACGUAUUUUUCAAUUGCACAGAUCGAUCUCAAGAUUAUCACAAGGAUCGGACUCUGUAUCUGUCUAUUUUACUAAGUUGAAGGAGUUAUGGGUUGAAUAUGAUGUUCUAGUGCGAUUUCCAGACUGUGGUUGUCCUAGAUCCAAGGAAUACAUGAUUCAUCUGCAUCAACAAAGGGUGAUGCAAUUUCUGGAUGGACUAAAUGAUACCUAUGAGCAAGCUCGUCGACAAAUUUUACUGAAAACUACUGAACCAACUCUUAAUCAAGCAUAUGCACUAAUCUUUCAAGAUGAAAGUCAGCAAUCGAUGGGAAGUGUUUCUAUGGCUGAUAAAGGAGAUCCAUUGGCUAUGCAAGCUGGUAGAGGACAGGGAUACAGAGGAAAGAAACAAUUUCUACAACGUGACCAUUGUCGUAUGAAAGGCCACACAAAAGAAAAUUGUUUUACAAUCAUUGGGUAUCCUGAAGACUUUAAGGGAAGAAAACCUUUUCAACUUAGAGGAACACUUACUGCAGCUAACCAUGUAGAGGGAUCAACAACUCAAUCUUCACAAGCAACAACACAGUCUAAGGGAGACUACUUCUCACAGAGGCUCAAUAUCAACAAAUUCUGGGAUUGCUCAACAACAAAGACUCACCAAGUGAAGCUACAACUCAAACUAAUAAUGCAGCUGAGAGAUAGAUGGAUUGCACUAUCCUCUAAUGCUGAAGCUGUGAAUGAACUGAAAGAUAUAUGGAUUGUGGAUUCAGGAGCCACACACCACAUAUCUUCUACAUUAGACUUCACGAGUGAUGUGAGUAAAAUAACUGAUAAGGGAAAGGAAAAGGUUACACUGCCAAUUGGAGGUUGUGCAAAAAUAGAACAUGUUGGGAGCUCUUUUCUGUCAGCUUUUGAUAAGCUGAAAAAUGUGCUUCAUGUGCCUGAUUUUAAGUUCAACCUAAUGGUGAAGGCGAUUGGUAAGGAAGAUGAAGGAUUGUAUGUGCUGAAGGGAAGAGGAAUCAGACAGCUAGCAGCUCAUGUUGGUAUGAAGGUCACAGCUGGAGAUACAGGGGAUCUAUGGCAUAUGAGGCUUGGUCAUGCCUUUAUUCCUGUAAUGCAACAUGUUUCUUUCUUGCAGAAUAAAGUAGAUAGUGAGAUACAAAAUAAAUGCUCUGUUUGCCCCUUGGCAAACCAGUGUAGGCUAAGCUUUCCAGAUAGUGAAAAGGAGUAA